AUGAAAAAGAAGUAUCAAGGCAAUGCAAGGGAAAAGUGUGCACUGCUUCAAACGUUAGGAGGAGAAUUUGAGAAUUUGCGCAUGAAGACAAGAGAGACUAUUUCAGAUUAUUUCUCCAAAACAAUGACAAUCUUCAAUAGGAUGCGUACUCAUGGGGAAAAGCUUGGAGAUGUUGCUAUCAUUAAAAAAAAUUUACGAUCCUUGUUGUUGAAAUAUAAUUUUAUUGUCUGCUCAAUUGAGGAAUCAAAAGACCUCGAUGCUCUUUCCAUUGAUGAGUUAAAGAACUCAUUAAUGAUUCAUGAGUCAAAAUUCGUUUUACAAGAUAGUGAGAAGGAAGCGUUGCAGGCACUAUCGUCUCACAAAGAUUCUAGGCAUGGUAACAACAAAUGGAGGAGAAGAAGCAUCGAUGAUAGGAGAAAUGUUUGGGAUCAUCGUAUGCUUGAUGAAAAGCCAAAAACUAUAGACAAAUCCUAG